CGAAUGAUUACGGUUACAGCUAACUAAGAGGCAUUAAAAGAAGACUGAACAAAAUCUUGUCGGGGUUUCUUGUCGAUUCACGUUAUUCAGAAUCUGUUUAAUUUGAGCUAAACUAUUUCGGAUCUUAAAAAUCUUUUAGAAUACAACAAGAAAACUCAUUUUGUUUAUGUACGGAAAAAGAUUCGCUCACCAAAGAUUCUAAUGGAACUGGCUAGUUACAGGACAUUUGGUCGAAUAUCAGGUGGAUUUUUAUUAGUCACUUUAUGGUAUGAAUAGUUCUGUAUCAUCAGAUAUAUCAGAUCAACAUGGUGAAGAAAUACUCAAUUCUGGUGAAAAUAAGUUAGAUUGGCGUUUGAAAGCCUGUGAAUUGUUGGAGCAACAUAUUGAGGAAAUAAGGUUGAAUAAUACCAACUUAGUACUUGAAUCGUGUGUACUAGCAUCGUGUUUAAGAGAUCUUCUGGUGGAGGUUGAAUCACUUAAAACAUCUUCCGUUGUUAAUUCACUUGAUGAUGAGAAAAUUGUGGAAUAUUUGUUACACUAUCAAUCUGUUAUCUCAUUUGAUGAAUUAGUUGAUAAUAAUUUAUUGUCUUUUACAGAAGCCAAAUAUUCAACUAAAGAGUCUAAUAAUUUGUCACAUUGUACAAAUUCAAAGAAUUCUUCCUUAGGUAUGCAUGAAAUUCGAGUAGUUCAAGAUAAUGUGAAACAAACGUGUGAAAAUGUAUCUAGUGUUUCAAAUAUUCAUGCUAAUGAUAAUCGACCAUCUCUUUAUAAGCGUUCUUCUGCCGGACAUAUAGAUGAAGAAAAUAUUGAUUGUGACGAUCCUGAAUUAAUACGUUCUGCGUUCAGACUAUUUGCAAAGCAUAUUGGUCCAUCUUUAAAACGUGAAUAUCGUACAGCAUUCAAUGCUCCACCAACUCAAGAUUGGUUAGCUGAGCAACUAUUAUCUAGAUGGGAUGAGUUAAGUGCAUCUGAAAAGUUCACAUGGCGCAAACGUGUUAAACCCACCUAAUUAUUUGUAUAUAUCAAGGUGUUGUCGAAUAAUGACUAUUUCUGUAGUAAACUGAUUUGUAUAGUAAAAUGAAACUAUAUUAUGUAUAUAUUCUGAAUAACUUUAUUUUGAUAUGUUUUUUCAGAUAAUAAAAUUAUUCUAUUAAUCUGUAUCUCUUUACACUUCAGUUGUGAAUGUUUGCUUCUUGUCAGUUAUACUGUUGGAGUAUAAAAAAAAUUUUCCAUUUUAUAAAUUUCUACAGAGCAAUAAGGCGGAGUUUAUGUGAAAAAUAUGAUGUAUUUGCGCUAUACAUUUCGAAUAAUCUAGUCA